UUCCUUUCAUUGCACCAAUUUAUCUCCAUAUUACAGUAGAAGAUCUGCACUGUGUUGUCGAGCAACACCCAACUUCUAUAAAAACUAAGAAGAUGUCUUGUGAUUGUUUACAGUUUUCAAGACUCUGCAAGCUGAUUAUUACAUUCUAAUACAUACACAAAAACACAUUUUACGCUACAAGAGAAAUAUGAGGUCAAUAAGAAGAUACUGCAGAUGUUUGUUUACAUUAAAAAUACUUGAACAGGGUUUGGUGGGUGUCUCAGGGUCUCAGACAGUGAUUGGCUGGUGAGCAGCCAGGUUAAAGGUCUAUGUAAGGUCACGAUGUUCUGGCCUGUUAAAGAGCUUACCUUUGAGGUCACGCCCUCUUAUCAGUCACAUGACUUUGUAAAAAGACGCUGAUGUGGAACAGCUCCAAGAGAUCAGAGAAAACGUGCAAAAUGUUUGUCAGCAAAGAAACAAAUAGAUUUUCCGAAAUACUGAUUUCAGAGGUUGUGUAUCUUUGAUGAAAACCCCUGAUUAAAUAAUGCUUCCUGUACUGUACAGAGCUGCUUGGUGGCACAUCCUGUCGGGUAGCAGUAUUGGAUAGAACGCCAUAAAAAAACAGGCAUGCUGGGUUUGAGUGUUUGUCAUUUUGUUUAUGGAGUCAAACUUGAGUUGUCAGGAAGUUAACAUUAUAAGCAUCAAUGGUCCAGCCCAGACAGUAUCUACAAAUUCAAACAAAUGGCUAUUACUAAAUGCAAAAAGAUCAACAAGAAUAAAUACAAAUGACGAAUUAAAAUAGAACCAACAGGUCUGAAAAGCCUGUUGAAGUUAAAACAAUACAAUUUAAGAAGUGGAUAAAUAAAAAAGCUGUAAAAAAUGAGAAGAUGUUAUUGAUAAUGUAAAGCUUUACAAAUUUAAAUCUUGCUUGAUGAUUGGUUGUGAGAGAAAAGAGUGCCUGUUAAAGUAAGUCUGACUCACUGUAAAGGGAUUGGAUGUAAAUAAAGGGUAAUAGAGGUUCCUCUGUAAUCUGAGCACGGGUACUGUAUGGACAUCAGUGCGGCGACAGGCCAAACACGAUUCAGAUAGAAUCACUUAAAUGGUUUAAUUCAUUUAAGUUUGGUUUAAUCGAGGUCAGGAGAAGGAUGGUGGAAGCAAAGAGCACACGGACAAGAUUAAACUCCUUUGCUUGUUCUUAUUUCAUCAGCCCGGGGUUCAGAUAAACAGUUAUUAUCUGUGUAAACGAGACGAUGGGAGGCUCCUGCAGCUGGGUUAAAAAGGCCAGGAGGUCGGCUGGGUCUGGAUGUUCUAUUAUAAGAAUCUUCAGCUAAAGCUGCUGAGAUAAUCACAGCUAAACCGAUGAACCUGACCAUAUUCAUGUGUCUGAACUAUUAGGUAAUGAUAAUUGGAUGAUCCAUCGUUUACGGUUUCUGACACCACGAGAAGUAUUAUCAGUUAUUACUGGCUGUUAUGUGUCUCCACUGGAAAGUGUGUCACAUCUGAUCCUUUACUGAAGUGGAAAAUCUGAUAAAUCAGCAGGUAGUUUUUUUCGGUCAGUUGCUAAACAUUUUAAAAUUGCUGUUGAGUAUUGCAACAGUUCUGUUUGCAGUCCACCAGAGAGCAGUGAAAAGUCCAUGUUUAGCUCUUUUAGCUGCACAGAUAUAAUGAUGGGAUUGUUGGUGUGGGAUCUACAUAGAAGAGUUGGUUAAUGUCACGAGUACGGCAACUACAGUUUCAAUGGAUGAGAGGACAAAGUACAGCCUGAUCUAUCCUGCAGGAGCUCAAACUGCAUCAACAGAAGCUCCAAAACAAACAACAGACUCACACUCUGUUUGUCUGAACGACAGGUUCAAGGAGAAUUUAUUAACAAAAUAUCUUCUGUGAAAUAAGAGUAAUAAUUACAUAUAUUUAUAAAUCACAGUUUUACAAUAAUUUUAAACGGAUUAUGGCUACUUCAUCACCACAAUCGUCUGGCCAAAGACUCAUUCUCAAAGUUAAUAAACCUUUAUGUUUCUACAAGUUUGACUUUUGACUCAGUCUACCUUUUUGUCUCAUCACAGAGACAUUCGGGCCCUUUCACUUGUGUUGAGCUCUCUGUUGGGCCGAGGACAACGAUUGCAGGUAUCUGAGCUGGAAGGCCACAGAUGAGAGUCCUGAUGCUGCCUCCUUUAUUAAAGCAUGGGACAACUUUACUUCUCCUUCAGCCAAAAUCAUCUCAUAAACAAAGAGAGGGACAAGGAGAUGAAUCCUUAUCAUAAUCUGUGAGCACAAGUUAUCGAAAUAAAUCCUGAAUUACAGACUAAAGAGGUGCAUUAUGGAACGUGUGGGAUCCAGUGUAUGAAGAGUUUGACUCAUGCUUGCUGAAUUAACGGCACAGACAUGCUGUGAUAGGAAAUAACCUGCACAGUUCAAAAUAACUGAAAAAAAGUACACAACAGAGCGUGCGCCACAGAAAUCCUGACAUAUGCCGAUGAUGAAGUGAAAGACAACUUACAGAUGUGAGUGAUGAUGACUAUGUACUGUAUACAAAUAAGACACAAAAAUGACUCAGUGCAUGUUCCUCCAGCACACCUCCACAUGCCUGGUGGAUGUGGCCGAUUCCAUCUGUACAUUGUUGUGAUACCGUCAGUCCCUCAAUGUCUGACUGUGGUCUGAUAUUUCUUAUUUGUGUUACGGAAAUAACUGAAGGUGACAGCGAGCACAUGUGAACCUCCGUGUGCAUGUUUGUGUUUGUGUUAGAGUGCUUGUUCAGGUGCCUUGGCUCUUGCCUUCCUGGCAGCUUCACAGCUUCUGAAGCCAUGCAGCGCUGUAGAGAUAAAAUGGAACCAAACUCUGAACUAUUUUGUGUCAAACCUGAUGUCAGUAUCAAUAUUGCAUGUUUCCCCAUCUUGUGCACACAAGACAGAACUUUCCUCUUAAAAAAGAAAAAACUGCAGCAGUAAAAAAUAAUCAGAACAUUUAGAAAACUGCGAGGGGCAGAAGUUCAAAGUGACAUAACAAGGAUUUUUUUUUACCAAAUAAGGCUCUAUUUUUUUUUUUGGCCUAGUGAACCUUUUACUGAGGCGGUUUUCCUCCAAGCAAUCUGGCAACUACAUUUGUAGAAAACUCAUCAGGUUAAGUGAAAAAUCUAGGAUUGAAAGGUGUGCAGUUUACCACUUGUUGGAUUAAGAUUAUUAUUACACCAAUUUGUGUUACCAACAAAUAAUGUAUCUUCAUUUUAACAUAAAUUUGUUUUAAGAUAUCCAGCAAUGUACAAACAUAUACCAGCUGCAUGAAACCGGAUUCUUGCACAUUAAUGGUUCAUACAAUUGAAAAAUAUAACUGUCAUUCUGCAUCAUAGAUAAUUCUGCCUUUGGUUUCAUGUCCACUGCUUUUAUUAAACUUCUCAUGUGUAAGUGUUCCUGCAGAACAUUUUUUCACAGUAUUUCUGUGCUGCUGUUUUGAUACUUUGCACGGCUGCUUUGGAAUGCUCAUUCAGUGCUUAUCUAGCUGUCUGCUGAUUUAGUCUUUGCACCAUUUUUCUAUUUUUGAUCGUUUUUGUGUGCAUGCCAUCUAUCCCUCUGUUAAAUUUUUUCUCGAAAACUCUGCUAAGCACUUUGAACUGUGUUUUUAAGAUUACACACAAUCUUAAAAACACAGUCAAUCUUUUUCUUCUACUGUAACAUUUUAAGACUACUGCACUGGCUUAAACUUCUACAAACUAAAUAAACUUCUACAAACUUCUACAAACUUCUACAAACUAAAUAAAUAGUACUGAUAUCCUCACAAGAUACUACACUCUAUUUUGCACAUUUUCACACACAUGCACACACACACUUCCUGUGAAACUGUCAGGCCAACUGUGGUUUUUUAUUGUUCCUGUGUUCCGCUGCUCUGCUGAGCACCUCCACAUAUUGAUUGCUGACCUCUCUCGGUGCUUGUCUUCUUUUCAGCCAUCAGACUUCACAGAAACAAAAGUCAAAUCCAGUUCACCAAAAAGACAACUUUCUUCACCCGAUCUGACUUAUUGCAGUUGGAUUACAGCUGCUGGAGAAGGCGUUAAAGCGUAUUUUCGUUAAAGUGUAUUUUCUUAGAAAGAAAUGAAGCAGUUGUGAGAAAGCAGAAGUAUUUUGGUGGAUGUCUCUGUCGCCUGCACGGUCCUCAACAUGGCAGAAGCUCCGCUGGUGUGCUACCACGGAGCCCUCAGCAAAAAGCAGUGUGAGGAUCUGCUGGGGAAGAAGAACAAAGACGGAGCUUACCUGAUCCGAGACAGCGAGACCAUCCUGGGAGCCAUGUGUCUGUGUGUUUAUAAACAGAAGGUAGUGUACACAUACAGACUGCUGCAGACGCACACUGGGCAAUACACUCUCAUGACUGCGGGAGGUGUAAAGGAGACAUUUUUUAAGAAUUUAGAUGAGCUGAUUCGUCACUUUAAAAGGAGGAACCAGGGUCUGGCCACACACCUGCGACACGCCGUCAAAAGGAAGACGGCUCUGUUGAUCCAGCCUACUCACCCACCUGCAGCGCAGAUACAGCAGAGGCCUUUACAUGAAGAGGGUCACGACUAUGAAAAUGUUCCAGAGUCAGAAUACGUUGAAGUCUUGCCUCCAUAAAGAACUUGACUGUUAAUCCUCAAACACAGGAGGAGACAUGUCGAUGGAAUAAGUUCUGAACUAUGGGUGGAUCAUGUUCACAAACUGGAUCACAUUAGGAAUUAUAAAUAAGGACAAAUGAACGGCGGAACAAGUAACUAUGUCUGCUUAUCCUCUGACAAUAAUAUUUUAUUCUUGUUUUGUUGAUGUCAACCCUCUUCUGUCGUCGAGGCUGAAAUAUUUCAACAACCUUUGGAUGGAUUGUCAUGAAACUCGGUUCAGACAUUGAUGGUUUUCAGAGUAUGAACUAUACUCUUCUGUUCAUUUUUUCUGGGCUGUAUCCUUUUUCUUUUUUUCUUUUUUACAUAUUUCAAAAGUUCAACAUGAAACAAACUUAGAAAAAGAAAGUACACAUCUUACCAGAUUACAGAAAGAACAAAAGUGCAAUAACACAUAUUUAUGAUCAUAUCAGGUACAAUUUUAUUUACUUUUAUGACGUCACAAUAGAAAAAUAUAACAAUGACAUAUUUGUGAAGAAUACAAUGGGCAUCCUUUCUGCAACAAUCCAACCAGAUUACUGGGAAGAUAAUUUAAGAAGGGUCGCAAAAUAUUAUAAAAUAGGUUGUUAUUGCCCUUUCAUUUAGCACGGAGGUGUUCCAUAGGAAUGCGAUACAUGAAUUUAACAGCAGUGCCAUAUAGUGAUAGUAAGUUCCUGCUUCUCGUUUACCCUUCACACAGAGGGGAGAGCUACUCUCUCAGCAUCACCAUCUAAAAGAAAAAGCCACAACAUUUCGAUCACUCUGAACCUUUGUCAAGUGUGCAUGAUAAAUUCUUCACUUCCCUCAACAUUAACACAGAUACAGGAAGUCAUUUAUCGUAAAAAAAAGAACUAGAUUUCCUGUUGUUAAAAGCUUUAAGAUUAAAAUUGAGAAGAAAACUUUCAACAUAAUGCCCAACUUGGUGUAAACCAAGGAAGUGGUUGUGUGGAUGUGUAUUUAGUGUGCUAUAGGAUGAUUUUCUAUUUUUCUUAUUGUUUUUAAUACCUGCAAGACGAAUAUCUUUGUAUUUAGUGCUACUUUGCUAAUUUUAGCAGGUAAACACGCUAAAAAAGAUGUUUAACUUUGUAAAGGUUAAACUCAAGCUGCAACCUCCUGUGUUUUAAAAUGAAGCCAAUGUGGAAGUGAAAAAAACAAUUCCCGGAGUGUCCACUUGAGACUGUAAUGUUAAAAUGCCCGUUUUUACCUUGGACAGUUAAUAUUAAUGGAUGAAGCCUGAGUGACGUUACUCAUCCUGUUACUGCAGGGGGGGUUUGGAGGCUCAUCGGCGGUAACCACCGUGCUGGAAAUGCUGUCUCAAUCUAACUUUCAGUCAGAGCUGAAAGCUGAGGAGGAUUUGAAUCCUCCAUACAAAUCAUUACAUCACGCCCAGCUGUCAGUCAGGUCAGCUACUCGCUUAACUAUGGAUAACAAAUAUUCUUCAUAAAAUCAAAACCUUCAUCAAACCUUA